CAAGGGGACUCGCGAAAAGAUCGCAGUUGUCCUCCGAGUUUUUAAUUUUAAUUUAGCGGAGGCCGGCCCGAGAGGGAAGGGGUUUGCAACUUAACACUAAAUUUUCUUUCGUGUGGAAACGAGAACCAUGGCGGCUUGUCGAUACAGUCACUUGAAACAGGUGCUUCGGAGGUACAGCACGGCACCAACUCUAAACGAGGUGCUCAUCAUCUCGGCGGCCAGAACUCCGAUGGGUUCCUUCAACAGCUCCCUGUCCAAGUUGUCUGCAACUCGAUUGGGCGCAGCUGCCAUCGAGGCGGCAGUUGAGAGAGGCGGUGUGCCCAAAGAGGCUGUCCAGGAGGUGUACAUGGGCAGCGUUUGCCAGGCUGGACUGGGACAGGCCCCUGCCCGGCAGGCAGCCCUCUUUGCUGGCUUGCUCAAGAGUGUCCCUUGCACCACCGUCAACAAAGUGUGUGCCUCUGGCAUGAAGGCCAUUCAGUUGGCUUCUCAAAACCUGAUGUGUGGCCAUCAGGAGGUGAUGGUCGCCGGCGGCAUGGAGUCCAUGUCCAACGUGCCCUUCUACAUGCGUCGUGGUGAGACCAGUUACGGAGGCAUCAACCUGCAGGACGGCAUUGUUGCUGACGGACUCACCGACGUCUACAACAAAAUCCACAUGGGCAGCUGUGCGGAAAACACGGCCAAGAAGUUGGGCAUCUCCCGACAGCAGCAAGACGAGUUCGCCAUCAGCAGCUACAAGAAAAGCGCAGCAGCCUACGAAAAUGGACACAUCAAGGAUGAACUGGUGGCCGUCAAGGUUCCCCAAGGCAGAGGAAAACCUGAUUUAGAAGUUUCCACUGACGAGGAAUACAAGAAAGUCAAUUUUGAAAAAUUCCCUAAGCUCUCAACUGUUUUCCAAAAAGAAAAUGGCACUGUAACUGCUGGCAAUGCCUCAACCCUAAAUGACGGAGCAGCUGCCGUUGUUUUAUCCACCAAGGCUGCUGCCCAAAAGUACAACUUGAAACCAAUUGCGAAGGUUGUUGGUUUCUAUGAUGCUGCGACUGAGCCCAUUGACUUCCCCAUUGCUCCAGCUUUCGCCAUUCCCAAUCUUCUCGCCAACGCCGGCAUCAAAAUUGAGGAUGUUGCUUUGUGGGAAAUCAACGAAGCCUUCAGCGUUGUCGUUCUUGCCAAUAUCAAAAUGCUGGGCAUUGACCCCGCCAAGGUCAAUGUCCACGGCGGUGCCGUCAGUCUGGGACACCCUAUCGGCAUGUCCGGCGCCCGACUCGUCGUGCACCUCGCUCAUGCUCUCAAACCUGGCGAGUACGGCGUCGGCUCCAUCUGCAACGGCGGUGGUGGCGCUUCUUCCAUCCUCAUCCAACGCCUCUGAACUGCCACACACAGCAAAUCUAUAUUUUUGAUAAAAUGAAAAGUUUAUGAUGUAUAGCCCUGUUACAUGAUAUUAUUAAAAACAAAAUGAGUUGCUCAUACUGAAAA